AUGUUAACGGUUGUCAGUGUUUACGAAGCCACAUCAAAGGGUAACACGUGUCGUCAACGGCUAUUUGCUGGUGUUUCAGCCGGUACGUAUUGCCAGGACGAUCAUCCGAGCUUGACACUGAACAGCGAUGAUAUAUCUGCGUAUACCGCCAUGAAACGAGAAAAUCCACCAGUUGAUAUGCACGGUUAUGCAGCUGAUGAUUAUUCAUUGGAUGAUAAAUCACUUGUGAAAGCCACUUCAAUGGCUUUUGAAUGUUCUUCAAGCCCAAGUCGUCUAUGCAGCGAUGAUCCAAUGCUGGCUCAGUUCGAUGCUGAUCAACUGAAAAUAGAUGAAAAUUUCGAUCUCACUGAAUAUUUGAGAGAUGACGAAGAGGAUUUUGAUGAUAAAUCAAUAUGCAACGCAAUAGGUCCAAAAUUUGCACAGAAGCCACUCUCUCCAUCGCCGAUAGUUGCCUCUACAGCGAAUGGUUUUCGUGCUGACCCAGAUUCACUAUUAUAUAACGAAAGUGGGGAACAAGCGGAAGAUAUGCAUGAGCAUGUGGAUUGCACGGCAGUGGAUGACCACGAUCCGAUGCCGUCAACCACAAAGCAGUCGUCGUUACAUUCAACAAUUAAUAAUUCGAACAAAAUAUCAAAACGCGGUCGCCCAAUGAAGAUAACGAGUCGUUCAAAGCAAGCUAUGUACGCACGCGAGUAUCGCUUGAAACACAAGCAACUGCUGAGUACUUACGAAAGACGAAUGAAAGAACAGGACGAAGAAAUUGCGACUUUAAGAAAGCAAAAUCAGCAAAUGAUGGAAUCUCUUAAUAAGCAAAUUAGUUUGAGAAAUACACUGGCCAAGCAACUUCGCCAUUAUUCAUCCAUUAAUUCCCAGCAGAGUGGUCACUUACAAGUGACUCUCGCUGAUAUUUUUUCGAAUCCAUCAACCCAACAACUUCUCAAGAACACGAAGACAAAAGGUUGUUGUGUCUAUAUGAACGACGAUAGUUUUACGGUACUGUCAUGUGAGGCAUGUAAUGCUUAUUUUGGUAGCGUCAUUCAAGGUCCUUCGAAAAACGCGAAGUUUAUAUCGUCUAAUGAUAAUCCGAAUGGGUUCGAUACUCCAGUCAAUUAG